CAGUGAAGAAAAGAAUGCUCAGUUGUCUCCCCCUCCAAUUAAACCCCAUCCCCAAUAGGCACAAGAAAUAGAUUCCACACUUUUCUUCUCCAUUCUCAAACUGCAAAAGAGGUUCCAUGUUCAAGAAUUCAUUGGAAGGUUUCUUGAAAAUCUCAGUGGUUGUGAUCAUAGUUUGGCUCUCGAGUCCGGCAAUGUCAAAUACCGCGGUGCAACUGGAUGUACAAGAUGACCAGGUGGUGAUAGACAAUGGCAUAUUCCAACUCACACUGUCAAAUCCCGGAGGAAUUGUGACUGGAAUCAGAUACGGUGGAAUUGACAACUUGAUUGAACUCCGUAACAAAGACUUGAAUGGAGGGUUCUGGGAUCUUAAUUGGAGCGAAUCAGGAAGUCCAGGAACAAGGGGAAAGUUCGAUACGAUUGAAGGAACAAGUAUUACAGUUGUAGUGGAAAAUGAGGAACAGGUGGAGCUAUCAUUCACAAGAAUCUGGGAUCCCUCACUACAGGGCAAGCAGGCCCCCUUAAAGAUAGACAAAAGGUUUGUAGUCCUUCGUGGUUGCUCCGGAUUUUACUCCUACGCCAUUUUUGAACACUUAGAAGACAUGCCUGCUUUCAUCAUUAACACUACCAGGAUUGCAUUCAUGCUCAACAAGGACAAGUUUCACUACAUGGUGGUAGCAGAUAACAGACAAAGAUUCAUGCCCGAUCCAGAGGACCGGUUCCCAAACAGAAGCCAAGUAUUGGCCUACCCAGAAGCAGUCCUACUUGUCGACCCAUUGGAGCCUGAAUUUCAAGGAGAAGUGGAUGACAAGUACCAGUACUCUUGUGAGGACAAAGAUAAUCGGGUCCAUGGGUGGAUAAGCUUUGACCCACCCGUUGGGUUCUGGCAAAUCACUCCCAGUAAUGAGUUCCGAACGGGUGGGCCCUUCAAGCAAGACCUAACCUCCCAUGUCAACCCUACCACCCUUGCUAUAUUUGUAACUUCUCAUUAUGCGGGAGCUGAUCUUGUAGUGAAAUUUGAAGCUGGUGAGAUAUGGAAAAAGGUUUACGGGCCAGUUUUUAUAUAUCUUAACUCUGUGCCAGACAAGAAUGAGGGGCUUUCUCUUUGGGAUAAUGCAAAAGAACAGAUGAACAUUCAAGUCCAAAGCUGGCCUUAUAAUUUCCCAGCUUCUGAGGAUUUUCCACUUUCUAAUCAGAGGGGCAUAUUAAGUGGCAGAUUACUAGUCCAAGACAGGUACAUCAGCAAGCAAAUCAUGCCAGCAAAGGGUGCUUAUGUGGGAUUGGCUGCACCAGGAGAUGUUGGAUCUUGGCAAAGAGAAUGCAAGGGGUACCAAUUCUGGACAAGAACAGAUGAAGCAGGGUAUUUUACCAUCGAGGGUAUACGUGCAGGCGACUAUAAUCUGUAUGCAUCGGUCCCUGGUUUCAUUGGAGAUUACCGAUAUGAUGUCGUUAUAAAAAUAACUGCAGGGGAGGCAAUUGAAACAGGUGAUCUUGUAUAUGGGCCCCCAAGAGACGGUCCCACAUUGUGGGAAAUCGGCGUUCCCAAUCGUUCCGCCGCAGAAUUCUAUGUUCCCGAUCCAAAUCCAAUGUAUAUAAACAAACUUUAUGUUAACCAUCCGGACAGGUUUAGGCAGUAUGGGUUGUGGGAGAGGUAUGCUGAUUUAUAUCAUGAUGAUGAUCUAGUGUACACUAUUGGAGUUAGUGAUUAUAAGAAAGAUUGGUUCUUUGCUCAAGUAACCAGGAAAAUAAGUGAAAAAACAUACAAAGGAACUACAUGGCAAAUCAAGUUCAAACUUGGCACCAUGGAUCAAAAUGGAACCUACAAAUUGAGACUAGCACUUGCAUCUGCACAUAAUUCAGAAUUGCAGGUCCGGGUUAAUGAUGCAGAAGCAAAUCCACCUCUAUUUUCAACUGGAGAGAUUGGGAAGGAUAACGCAAUUGCAAGGCAUGGGAUUCAUGGGCUCUAUUGGCUGUUCAAUGUGGAGGUGCCCAGUGCUCAACUAAUGCAAGGAGAUGACAAAAUAAAUACCAUUUACCUAACACAAACAAGGCACACCAGUCCUUUCCAAGGGAUUAUGUAUGAUUAUAUUCGCUUGGAAGGUCCUUCUGCUUCUACUUAGGCUAGGUAGCUUGGAAAGAGAUCACGAGAACCAUUUUAUAGGAUUAUUUCGUUCGCAGCUAAAUAUCGCUCCCAAUUUACUUGGUCAUCCCCAUUUAUUUCUAGAGCGGUCGAUUUGUCGUAGGGGUAGACACUCGACACUCUACGCAAGGCCUGUUUGGUUUCGCAUUGUUUAUUAACAUAUUUCUUGUGAGCAAGUAAUAAGAAACAUCAAUAACAAGAAAAAAAAUUCAUUUGCGAC